CUCCUGCCUGCAAAGUUCCAGGUGUGUGUCUUGGGAGACCAGCAGCACUGCGACGAGGCCAAGGCCAACAACCUGCCAUGCAUGGACACUGAGGCCCUCAAGAAGCUCAACAAGAACAAGAAACUGGUAAAAAAGCUCGCCAAAAAGUAUGACGCCUUCAUGGCGUCGGAGUCGCUGAUCAAGCAGAUCCCCCGUCUGCUGGGUCCCGGCCUGAACAAGGCUGGCAAAUUCCCCACCCUUCUGACUCACAACGAGUCCAUGAUGGCCAAGCUGGAUGAAGUCAAGGCUACCAUCAAGUUCCAGAUGAAGAAGGUGCUUUGCCUGGCUGUGGCUGUGGGCAACGUGAAGAUGAGCCCAGACGAGCUGGCCCAGAACAUCAACCUGGCCAUCAACUACCUGGUGUCCCUGCUGAAAAAGAAACAGGCAGGAGACGGACGGCUCCGCGCAGAUGACUCAGACACUACAGGAGUUGUACAUUCCGACACCACUUGCGUCGAACUACCCACUCUGCAAAGGCCCUGA